AUGCCUAAACGCGCCGGAAAGAACGAACGAAGCCAUCAGAAGCAGCGUGAUGCACCGAGCCGCCCCGGAAGGCGAGCCGCUGCGAGCCUCGCAGACGGAAACAGCGAUGCUGGGCUGCCCUUUCCCCCCAACCCGUGGCAGCCAACCCCAGGCUUGCCGACGAUAGAGGACACUCCGGAAGUGACGCAACAACCGUCGGCACAGGACCAGGUAGAGGGCCCAGGGCAGGGGCCCGUCGCAGAUGGACCAGCACAGACCGACGAGCAAGACGACACGCGAACGGGGGCUAACACCGCGGAGAACGCCGUCGCGGUGGAAAGCGCGGUACAGAACGCGGACGCUCCCGAAACAAACGGAGAGACCACCUCGACGCCAGCACCGGGACGUCACCAGAAAAACGGCCAGCUGGCGUCACUCGGGGUCGAAGCCAUAACGACGCAGGAGCCCAUGCCCGCCUCGCCGGCCGUAAGCUCGCAGCGUUUGGUGAGCGAAACGAGGAAGCGCAGGCGUGUGUCGGAGGACGUCGGGAACGACGGCGAACCACUAGUCACCAACGUUCGCCAGGAUCCCGGAAGACAACUUACUGCAGCGCGUCCACCGGCGAUGGGCUAUGGCACCGGUUGCAACAUCGAAGACAGUGGCGUCAGCUACGCCGACGAUGAGGAACUGCGUGACGAGAUGGCCGUCGACCACGAACCCGCCAACGACGACGGCAUCGUCAUCGGUCACUUCGACGAAGAUGUCCAGGCGAUGGCCCGGAGCGCAGCGCGUCCCGGCCCCAGCUCGGAUUUGGGGCCAGCCCGUACUGGGCAAAGGGUCUGA